AUGAUUCACCCGAUGAAAUUUCCUAUAGAGCGCUCCAUGAACAAUCGUUUUCCGUUGCACCCUUUGAUAGUAACAUUUCCCAUAGAUAUUCGUCCCCCUCGAGUACCUACACCCAAAAAUGACGAGGAAUCUGCAAAUAACCACCAUGGUGAUCAUUAUAUGAACCCAGCACCUGGCAUCCGGACUCGAAUCGGAUCCCUGAACUUGGAACUUAGAACUUACUAUGUCAUCUCCCAAAUCGAAGUCGACCUUAUGCUAUACUCAAUGCAGUUUCUCCAGGUUUUAGAAAAUAUAGAUUUCCUUAUAAAAAGAUGAACCGGUAACCGCCAUGAUUCGGCUAGUAGCACUCUAUGGGACAGGGACACAAUGAUGAUGUUCAGGCGUCCCACCAAGGAAGGUGGAAAAUUUUUCUGCGGGACAGGGCUCAAAAACCAGUAGUUCAUUGGGACGACGAUAAUGAGAGAGACAGAUUUUUGUGAUUUUGAGACGAGAAACCAGUUCUUGU